AUGUUGUGUGGCGAGAAGAGAGGAAGAAGAGAGGAGGGAGGAGAGAAUGAAGAUGACAUACCCACGUGGGCCCCACAUGUUAGGUGUCCACUUCAUCUCUCUCCCUUCCUCCUCUCUCUCCCUCUCUCACUUCUCUCCUCUUGGGCAGGCCAUGUCAAGCGCCGCGGCCACCACCACGGCGACCUGCGGCAGCAAGGGGCAGGCGCAGCGGAGCGGGACGGUGAGGUUGUCACCGACGGUGGGCUCCUACAGCAUCGCCAGCCGCACGUGAGGAUACCUUCGGAGGCGGCGGCGACGGUGAGGAGGAGGGGGAGGUGGGCGACGCAGUCCUCCGUCGGCGGCGAGGAUGGGGACGCCGCCAUGGUCGUCUCGCCGCACAAGGUUGUCGCGCGGCGCGCCGCGGCGCACAGCUCGGUGCUGGAGGGCGCCGGGAGGAUGCUCAAGGGCUGCGACCUCCACCACGUCCGCAACGCCGUCCUGUGCCGCACUGGAUUCCUCGACUGAGAGGGCGGAAGCGAGUCGUCUCGUCGCUUUGGGGAUAAAAUUUUUGACCCUUUCUUUCUUGAGAAAAUUCGAUCCAUAGCACAGGAAAGAAAGCGGUACCAAAAAAUAGCACAAAAAGUUUCCACUUUCGAUCCAUAGCAUAGGCCACCGAUUUUUCUUCGCCCUAUAGCACUUCUGUCACAUUUUGAAGUAACGGUGUUAGAUCAGUGUGGAGAAAUUUUUUGUCGGACACAUUUGCCCUUCGUUCCCCACAUUCCCCAACAGGGCUCCUCUUUCGCUCCCUCGUGAAUGGCAGCGCGGCAGCCAUCGGCUUGCCUGGAGACCGGCUCGCCGUCACCGCCGACGGUGAGGUGGACCCUGUCUGGCACUCGGCGCUGUUGAUCGAGGGCAAGCCUCCCGCGCCGGCGGCAGCUUGACGACGAGGACGACGACGAUGACGUGGGCGGCCCUAGCUUCGGCAUGGAUGGAUGUGGCCCGUAGUUGCCGUACUCGGCGCCAGAACAACCUCUCCCUCGCCACGGUGCCGCAGCGCGCUGGCUUGCCACUACUUCCACGUGACAAUGACGACGAUGACAGCGACGGGGACGAUGACCUGCAGCGGGGCUGUGGCGCGCGCUGGCGGAUGUUGGGAUGAUUCGUGAGUGGGCGGACUGCGGGCUUUGUCGGCUCCGUGACCUUGGGCGGCGACGCCGCUAACGAAUAGGCGGCCAGGAGCCGGCAGGCCGGAAGCGCGGCGUCUCCACCUCCUCCUCCACCGCCUUCCUCCCGUGCGGAUCUGGCCGGUGCUCCACCCCACACGCGCGAAUCGUUCGGCGGCGUGGCGGAUCUGGCGCGAGCAACGGUGGGAGGCAUGGUGGCGGGUGCCGAUCGGGAGCGGCUGAGCGGGCGGGUGGGAGGGAAGCGCGGCUCCGUCAGCUCACCAAGCGUCGGCGACACGGGCGCG